AUGGUGGUGUUCGGUGCUCCUUUUGAGAACCUCACCGCAGAUACCAAUGGUGUGCCAUGGGUCGUCAAGUCAGCCGUCCGUGCGGCGUUGGCAAACCUCUCGGCUUCAAACAUUCUCGCGCCGCCAACAGAGGCGCUGACGGCGCCACUGACGGCUCUUCUUGAUGACAUUGAUGCGGCUGGUGGCGAUGAUGGGGAUGAAGCUGGUGAGAGGCAGAAGGCGGUCGAGCAUGCGCUGGAAAGGCUUCAUUCGUGUGCGCCGUUUGUGGUCCUGCAACGGUGGCUUUCGGCGCUGCCGCGUCCGCUGAUGACCCGUGCGGCGGCGGCCAAGCUGAUGCGCCAGCAGCUGACGCCCGCCGCCAUGCGGUCGGUGGUCUGGGGCGUGCCUGCCGCGCGGCGAAACACGCUAACGCUUGUGCUUCUGCUUGUCUCCAAAGCUAUCGAUAAUAGCGCCAGCAACGGGGCGACGCUGGCGUCGGCAGUGGCGUGGCUAGCGCCGCUGCUCCUGCAUCCGAGUCGUGAGCAAGGCGAGGCCGCGCGGCUGGCGACCAGCGCGCUCCUGGUCUUUGCCGAGGGCAUUCUCACCGAGCAGCCUGCAGUUGUUGCGGCGCUGCCCAACGCAGCGCUGGACCCAUCGCUGGAGGGCCUGCUGCUUGCGGCAGCCGGGCGAUACGCCGAGGCAACCAAGACUGCCGCCGGCGACAGCGUGGCCGUCCGCGGCGGGCGCGGGCCGAUGCCGACAGACCUGCCCUCGGGCUGGGAGGCACACUAUGACGAAAACUACGGGCGGUACGUGUAUGUCAACACGGCGACCAAUGCGACGUCGUGGACGCUGCCAGAGGCCGCUGCGUCGAUCCACGCGUCUGUGGCGCUCCUGGAUGCCGCAUCCGACUCGGGCGCCGAGUCCGGCGCGGCGUCGAACGAGAACCACAGCAAGCAGCAUGGCGUCGAUGCGCGGGAGACGGUGGCCACACUCAAGCAGGCAUUAGAUGCACUCGGAAGCGGCGACGCGGACGCGCUCGAUGUGGAAGCGUUUAAGGCUGCCAUGCUUGCGCCUGGCUUUCCCAUCGUGGCCACGGCCUCGCAGGUGUUCAAGGUCUCCGAGGCCGCCAGCCUUGUCGACACGCUGGUGACGCUAUUUAUGGACUCGGGCGACAUGAUCGAGCUCAUCCGGAUGGUAGUGACAUGCGAAGUCGACGUCACCCUCUCGCCGGGCACGCUCUUCCGUGGCAACUCGAUGUCGACCAAGCUCAUGGUGGCGUAUACCAAGCGAAUUUGCGGUCGGUACCUGGAGCAGACGUUCACGCCAGUCUUGCGGCUACUGGCCGACGCGGUCGAGGCAGCAGGCGAAGCUGGUCUCGAAGUAGAUCCGAGCAAGACCAAGGUCAAGUCGAAGAAGAUCCGGGCCAACCUAGCGACGCUCCACGAGAUGGCUCAGCACUUUCUGGACAGUCUCUUCACCUCUGUCCGCGAUAUGCCGCGCGAGAUGCGCGAGGUGGCACACCUGCUUCACCGCGCCACGUCGCGCAAGUUUCCACAGAUGCGGUCGAUUGCCGUUGGUGGGUACAUCUUUCUCCGCAUUGUCUGCCCGUUCCUCAACGCGCCGUCCUCGUGGCCGGUCCACCUCGAGCUGGAUGUGACUGAGCCACGGCUCCGCAGCUCCCUGCUGGCCAUUUCCAAGACGCUGCAGAAUUUGGCCAACGGCGUGCGAUUCACGUCGACCAAGCCGCAUCUGCUGCCGCUCAACGCGUUCAUUGAUGCAAAUGUCUCGUCGAUCACCCAGUUCUUUGACGAGGUGGCGGUUGUGCCUAAGAGCGCGACAUCGGCGCGAUCGGUUCACCUCGGUGCCCUGGCUGCCAAGGAGGAAGAGGCCGGAUGGCGAAAGUUGGCCGGCAUUGUGGCCAAAGACGCCGACAAGCUGCGCGCGUACCUGGCCGAGCUGUACGAGGCUGUGGGCGACGACGGCGACGGUGGAUUUGAGCGGGGCAACUCGCUCAGCGGGCUGAGCAUGGGUAGCGACGACGAUGACGAGCUCGACUUUGAUGGCGGCCCGGUCUUUGGUGCCACGCUGCAGCAGCUGCUGAUGGACGACGAGCUGACCGGCGACGUCGACGCGAGCGAUGGACUUCCUCAGAACGUGCCGCGGGUGCUGGAGGCGUGGCUUGUGUGGCUGACGCACCAGGAGGUGGCCCGCCUCGACGGGGUUUUUGAGCGCAACCCGCCGUUCUACCGGGUCGCGCAGCUGCAGCGGGUGAUGGAGGCGAUCAAUGCGGGCAAGCGGCCGGUGUUCGACCCGAGCGCCGACCCUGUCGACGUAGUCUGGCUGGUCAAGACCUUUUUCAACGAACUCUCGGUCCCGCUCCUCGACGCCUCGCUGAUGGUUCCGCUCGACGCUCUGGUGGGCGAUCUGCCGUAUGCCGCAUCGAUUGGCUCCGAGCUCAAGGUCUUUGCAGACGUGCUGGGUCGGCUGGCGCAGGCGCACCGGUCGACGGCGCGGGCAGUGUGCACGGUCCUGCACCGGGUUGCUAGCGCGCCCGAGGCCGGAGCGUCCAGCCCGUCCUCGCUCGGCGAAGUCUUCGGCCCCGUCUGGCUGCGGGCCUCGCAGGGCCACAUCAUUUCAUCGGACAUUUACGACAUGGUGACUGCUUUGGCGGCAACGCUUAUUGCGGUCCCGCAGCUGCUCGCCGACAGCGCCGAGGCGCGUGCCAAGGCUCUGGACGCGCUCUCGGCUGCAGAGCUCCGCGCACUGCCGAUUGUCGAGAUGGCGAUGGCCAAGGCCGAUGGCGGGCACGACGACGUCGAGGUCGCGACUGCGCGGCAGCUGCUGCGCGGCCUGCAGAGCGAGACGACGGCGUCGGUGGAGCGGCUGGUGGGCCGGCUGCAGGCGCUGGCGGGCAUUGUCGACAGCCUGCCGUCAGAGGCUUCGGUCCGUGCGGUGGGGCGGAUGGCCGACAUCAUGCACGGCAUGCUCGACGACGAGACCGAGGUGUAA